AUGAAUCGCCUAUUCGGCUCCAAGCCCGCGGGGCCGAAACCGACGCUCAACGGCGCCAUCUCCAACAUUGACGCGCGCAUCGCCUCGGUCGACACCAAGCUCAAGGCCAUCAACGGGGAGCUCUCCGCCUACCAGGAGAAGCUGUCCCGCAUGCGCGAGGGCCCCGGGAAGCAGGCCAUCAAGCAGAAGGCGCUCAAGGUGCUGCAGCGGCGCAAGGCGUACGAGGCCGAGAAGGACAAGCUUGAGGGCCAGGUUUGGAACAUGGAGCAGGCGCAGAGCAUGCAGGACAACCUCAAGAACGUCAUGACGCAGGUCGACGCCAUGAAGACGACCAACAAGGAGCUGCGCCGCCAGUACGGAAAGAUCGACGUCGACAAGAUCGAGAGCAUGCAGGACGAGAUGGCCGACCUGCUCGACAUGGGCAACGAGAUCCAGGACAGCCUCGCCCGCAGCUACGACAUCCCCGACGAGGUCGACGAGGCCGAGCUGGACGCAGAGCUCGAGGCGCUCGGCAUGGAGCAGGAGCUCGAGCAGGAGAUGGCCGGCGGCGUCCCAGGCUUCCUCCAGGAUGAGGUGGUGCCCGAGUUUGUGGACGAGCCGCCGCAGACAGAAGACAAGGUUAAACAGGUGGCCGGCUAA